CAUUCUUCUCACGAGGUAUUGACGACGAACCAACCCGCCGCCGCUCGUCCGUUCCCCUUCACAAACCCUCGACGAGCCGACCUGCGCCGCCGGCCGGUGACGGUCCCCUGCCGUGGGCGCCGAACCGGAGGUGGCAAUGCCGCUAGGAGGAAGAUGCGGGGGCGACCAUAGGUACGGGGAACCGGCGACCGCCCACGGAGACGGGGACGACGAGAACCCAUCCCGUUCUUCGCCCCGGCCGCCGUUACCGUUGCUGCCUGGCCUCGCCGUAAUUCCCCCAGCGUCUGAGAAGGAGCAGCAGAAGAAACAGAAGCAUGGGCAGCCCGCGGCGAGCUUCCUGGAGGACAUUCUCAUCGACAUCCUGUCAUGGGUGCCAUACACGUCGCUGUGCCACUUCAAGUGCGUGUCCAAGGAGUGGCUCGCCCUCUGCUCCGACCCCGACAUCCGCAAGAGGUCGCCGCAGACCUUGUCUGGCUUCUUCUACUUCGAUCACGGUUGGAAGACAUUGCGCCCUGGUUGGCGUUUCCAGAACUUGUCUGGGAAAGGUGCUCCUAUGGUCGACCUUGAUGAUCUCCCUUUCUUGGGAAACACAUAUAAACAUUUCGCUGUCGCACAAUGCAGCACCAGCCUUCUCCUCUGCCAUGCUGGAGAUCACGCCCUCCUAGGGACUGCGGUUGGAAUUAUCGCCUAGAUCUAGAUCCGUGGAUGUUUAUCAGAUGGCCCGAGGUUGCGGAAUUCGAUUAUGUUAUUUGCAAUCCUGCUACUCGGGAGUGGACCGUGUUGCCUCCUAUAGAAUUGCCCGGCCACCUUUCGUGUUCCCGCCCAGGCAAGUACAUCUUGGGUUUUGACCCGGCAACCCCGUCCCGCUUCGUUGUGUUUGUGCGCCUGAACACUUAUUAUGGCAUGUCCAUGGAAAUGAUCUACUCAUCAGAAACUGGAGGAUGGACUUCCAUGCAUGGUCAGCGUGAUGAUAUUGGCGUAGAUUCAGUUAGUAAUUUUGGAAGAAGGCAUAGCACCUUGUUGAAUGGCACUCUGCAUUUCCCUGCUUAUGAUUCGAUAGUCACACUGGACAUGAAAAGGAAUGCUUGGGGGGAAAUUAAAAUGCCACCUGGCAUGACAAACAACUAUGUUCGUGCUUUCAUUGGGCCGUCUAAGGGACACUUGUAUGCUUGGCAUAUAGAGAAUCGAUAUGAUGGUCAACUCUCUGUUUGGGUGCUAGAGAAUUAUGAUAGUGGUCACUAGACCCUAAAGUGGGUAGUUAAUUGUUUUGAACUGUUCGGAAGGGAUUGUCACGAAAACGGUAAGUCCUACUCAAUGUUUGCAAUUCAUCCAGAAUGUAAUUUGAUUUUCCUGACUGACGGUAGGGAGAAGAUACUAUCAUACAACAUGGAUAAUCAGAAAGUCAUAUUCACUUCUGUAGAAUUCUCGAAAGCUCUACCCUACACUCCCUGUUUUGCGGAAUGGACAUCAGUCAGUGAAGGUUUACACAUUUAGCAUG